AAGACGGCCGGGAGCAUCCGCAAGCUGGCUCGGGAGGAGGAGGAGGAUGCUGCGGCAGGUGAUCCACAGAGGGCUCCGGUCGUUCUGCCACCAACUGGGCUUGUUCGUCAGCCGGCACCCUGUCUUCUUCCUCACCGUGCCCGCAGUCUUGACCAUCAUCUUUGGCUUCAGCGUCGUCAACCGCUUCCAGCCUGAAAUGGACCUGGAGCUCCUAGUGGCCCCGAGUCACAGCUUGGCCAAGAUCGAGAGGAGCUUGGCCAACAGCCUUUUCCCCCUCGACCGCUCCAAAAGCCAUCUCUAUUCGGACUUGCACACCCCGGGAAGGUAUGGCCGGGUGAUCCUCCUCGCCAAGCCCGGGGGCAAUAUUUUGCACCAGGCUGAAGGGCUGCUGCAGAUCCACCGAACCGUGCUGGAAAUGAAGGUAGGCGGGUAUUUUUCAAAAACAUGGACUGCUGCAUGAGACCUAGAAGCAUUCUUGGGAAAAAAAUCAUACUGGAGAGUUGCUUUAUAUUAUGCACCAUGCCAAUUUCCCAUCUUAAAAUUAAACAUAUUUUUUUUUUAAAAAACCAGGCAGGGUUAAGAACCUUCUGAGCCCCAAGAACCAUUGGCACUUUGGAACAUCAUGUUGUAGAUUCUAGAAUCAAGAUAUCUUUAUCACUAGAUUCUUUAAAUUGAGUAAGCCUGAUGUUUCGGUGGUUCUGUUUCUACUUAAUGGCCUGAUUCCAGAAGUUAAUAUUAUGUUUUGUGCUGUGUUUUGAUCAGUUUUGGAUCUAUAUCCAAUAAGUAACAGAAUAACAGAGUUGGAA